AUGGUUUCAUUCACCUCCGCAGAUCCCGCACAUGCGCACAAACGAUCUCUUCCGGCGGUGCGCGAGAGGAAACAGAAGCUCACCUGCAGGCUCAGUGACUCUGGGUUCGAGGAGGAGCUGGUCCCCUCCACAGAGCCUCGGUCGGCUCAGCUCACCUGGUACCAGCAGUACGGAGACACUGGUCUGCAGAUCCAGAAGGAGAAGGAGGAGGACUUCCACCCCUGCCACAGCCUGGCCCAUCAGCCACAGGUGACGGCAGAGGCCCGGUGUAAGCUGGUCAGCUGGCUCCUCCCGGUGCAUCAGCAUCUGGGCCUGUCCUUCGAGUGUUCCUGUCUCACCGUGAACAUCCUGGACCGCUUCCUGGCGUGCACUCCGGUGGCGGCGGACUGCUUCCAGCUCCUGGGAGUCACUGCUCUUCUAUUGGCCAGUAAACAGGUUGAAGUCUUCUCCCCCAGAGUCAGCUCCCUCUUGUCCCUUUGCUGCAACAUCUUCACCAAAGACCAGCUGUGUAACCUGGAGUGCCUGAUCCUGGUCCGCCUCAAGUUCCGCCUCUGCGCUCCCACCGUGGCCUUCUUCUUGGACUGCUACGCCAAUUUAACAACCGAAAACGACACCGCCAAACUCCGCAAUCGAGCCACCGUCAAACUGGCCCAAAAACUGUGUGAACUGAGCCUCGCCGAUUACGCCUUCAACAAAUAUCCGCCGUCUCUCACCGCUAAAUGCGCUCUCCGGAUUGCCGGCGAGGUUGCUAGGGAAGCAGUGUCUCCUCUGGUGCCGGAUUGGGACAGUUUUGUGGACGGGAAAGAGGGCGGUUCGAUGUGUACUGAGGACUGGGACAGCGGUUGUCCAAUGGAAACGACAUGUCUGAUGCAGGAGUGUGUUAGCAACCUGAGGCUACUAGCUUCUCUGAACCACGAGGCUUUGACAGUCUGUGGCGGAUCCAAAAAGUCGGCAUAG